AUGAAGCAUCUUCUCUCGCUCGUCUGCACCUUGGGAGCCGCUACCCUGGCUGCUUCGGCGGCGGCAGAAGCCGGCUCCAUGCCCUCAGCCAACGGACUCGACUUCGUUAUUGACGGAGAGGCCAGCUAUUUCGCCGGUUCGAACGCCUACUGGCUUUCCUUCCUCACGAACAACGCGGACGUCGACCUUGCAUUGGACCAUUUUGCUGAGUCUGGACUGAAGAUCCUCCGGAUCUGGGGGUUCUCCGACGUAACCGCGGAGCCCUCGGACAACAAGGUCUACUUCCAGCUGCACCAGAACGGCUCCUCGACAGUUAACACGGGCCCCAAUGGAUUGGAGCGUCUCGACUACAUCAUCUCUGGGGCCGAGAAGCGCGGAAUCAAGUUGGUCAUCCCGUUGGUUAACUACUGGGACGACUUUGGUGGCAUGAAUGCCUACAUCAGCGCCUAUGGCGGCGACAAGCCCGGCUGGUACACCAAUGAUAAGAUUCAGGCUGCAUAUCACGCCUACGUCAAGGCCGUGGUGAGCCGCUAUGUUGACUCCCCGGCAAUCUUUGCCUGGGAGUUGGCAAAUGAGCCCCGCUGCAGUGGUUGCGACACGUCCAUCAUCAAUCAGUGGGCGACGAAAACCAGCAGCUUCAUUAAAUCCCUGGAUCCAAACCAUAUGGUAGCCAUGGGCGACGAGGGCAUGGGCCUCCCUGGUGACAGCAACUAUCCCUACUCCUACUACGAAGGCAACGACUUUGCACUGAACCUUGCCAUCCCGGACAUUGACUUUGGCACUCUCCAUCUCUACACCACCGACUGGGGCGUGAGCAACAACUCGUGGGGCAACAAGUGGGUACAAGAUCAUGCCGCCGUCUGUAAGUCCGCUGGCAAGCCCUGCCUCUUUGAGGAGUACGGCAUGAAGGGCAACCACUGCACCUACGAGUUGGCGUGGCAGAAGACGGCUCUGGCGACCCCAGGUAUGGCCGCGGAUUUGUUCUGGCAGUUCGGCGAGAAUCUGAGCUCGGGCCAGACCCAUAACGACAAGUACACCGUCUACUACGGUAGCAACGAAUGGAAGUGUGUGGUGUCGGACCACGUUGCCGCCGUCGCCGUGCGUAGGUACCGUUUGCCAGUGGGAGGAGGCCAACAUGGCCCCUGA